CUCUUCUUUCACAGCCGCUUGUCUUGCUCUACUCGUGUCGUCCUCGCGCCCGGACCCUGCCUUUCGAUCACUCUCUCCUCCACUCUCUCUCUCUAUCUCUCUCUCUCGGCUUCCAAAGGGCGUUAGCUAUGGGAAAGUGCUACCCGACUGUGAGUGAGGAGUACAAGAAGGCUGUAGAGAAAGCCAAGAGGAAGCUCAGAGGCUUCAUUGCUGAGAAGAAUUGUGCUCCACUUAUGCUCCGUCUCGCAUGGCACUCUGCUGGUACUUACGAUGUGAGUACUAAGACUGGAGGUCCGUUCGGGACAAUGAGGCACAAGGCUGAGCAAGGUCACGGUGCCAACAACGGCCUUGAGAUUGCUGUCAGGCUGCUGGAGCCCAUUAAGGAACAGUUCCCGAUCCUCUCGUACGCUGACUUCUAUCAGUUGGCUGGAGUUGUUGCUGUUGAGGUUACUGGAGGACCUGAUGUUCCAUUCCAUCCGGGGAGACCGGACAAGACUGAGCCACCAGUUGAAGGCCGCCUUCCUGAUGCUACCAAAGGAACUGACCAUUUGAGGGAUGUGUUCGUCAAACAAAUGGGCCUUUCUGACCAGGACAUUGUUGCUCUCUCUGGUGGCCAUACCCUGGGAAGGUGCCACAAGGAACGUUCUGGAUUUGAGGGACCAUGGACUGCCAAUCCACUCAUCUUCGAUAACUCCUACUUCACGGAACUCCUUACUGGAGAGAAAGAAGGACUUCUUCAGCUGCCAACUGACAAGGCUCUCCUUUCCGAUCCUUCCUUCCGCCCUCUUGUUGACAAAUAUGCCGCGGAUGAGGAUGCUUUCUUUGUAGACUAUGCCGAAGCUCACAUGAAGCUUUCUGAGCUGGGGUUUGCCGAAGCUUAAACUGUUGAACUGAUGGAUCUUGGUUGGUGGCCUGGUCUGGCCUUUGUCUCCUGCGCAUCAUUUUGCUUUUGAUUCUCAAUGAAAAAACUUGGUUCUUGGGCAGUUGAUUCCUGGUAAAUUUGUAAUGAUUUGCUUAUCCGCACGACGGGUUGAAAGUUUGGUGGUCGUUGAAAAUGACAAUCUUCAAAUAAGAUUAGCUCUAUGUGAACAUAUUUUACCCA